AUGAAAGACGAGGCAAAUUCACUCCAGGCCAACGAGACCUGGAAGCUCGUCGAGCUGCCACCGGGACGCAAGGUGAUCCAGGAAAACGAGUUCGAAAAGGACAAGAGCAGGUAA